AGAGAAGAGGCCAUGGACAGCGUUGGAGCCAGGUUCUGUGGAGACAAGUUGCGAAAGGAAGAAGUCAUCAUGAUGGUCUGGGCUGGAAGGAGAAGAAAAAGGAAAGUGAACGACUCCGAUCAGAGAAGACGUCACCUGAUGUAACUGAUGAGGAUCUACUGACAAAGUGAGGAACCUAUGAUGUCCAGGCAUCAGACUCUGCAGAGAAGAUGGAGCUGGAAGAAGUCCUGAUGUCUGGACCAGAUGAAGAAAAGAAAGGACAACAGAGAAGACGUCACUCAGGUUCCAAGACUGCAUUGCCAUAAUCAGAAAACUACAGUGACCUCCUGUGGGAAGAAUUGGAAGCUUAUUAUUGACACCUACUAUACCUAGAAGCUCCAGGCUGUUGCUGGGACUGGUCACAUAACCUAUGAGGGGCUCUGUUGAUGAGAUGACCAUUCUGUUGCAAUGGAGAAAUACUGCAUAAUGUCCCAUCUUUGAUGUUUCCCACAAGCCCACAGGCUCUGCCAAUGUAUAACCAUGCUGAAAGAUAUCCAAAUCACAGAGCAACCAGUGUGUGCCUGUGUUCCCCUGGACUUUCCCCUCACCCUGCGCUGCAAGGCCCAGGGCCCUACGAAGUUGUAUUAUCAGUGGUUUAUGCAGUGGGAGUCUACAUGUCAGGAAAUUCCAGGUGCAACUCAGCCAGAUCUGCACAUUCAUGCCAGGAAAACAAACUUAUAUACGUGUCGAGUAAAUGACAUCAAUGACCGCAUUUUAUUCAGCAACUGGGUGAGGGUAAAAGUACUGAAAAAUAUUCCUGCAGGGGUUAUUCCUCAUGACUGGAAUGGGGAGCCCAUCAUGGUAAAUCAACCAGUCUCUGUACAUGUAACAUCCCAUAAUGCAGUCCGUCUUUGCUGCUAUGCUCUGGGACUGCCAGCGCCUGAAUACCAGUGGUAUCACAAUGGUCGGUACCUGCCCUAUAGAAGGGGGAAGGAAGUUGAGAUCAAAUCAAUAAGGCGAAGAGAUUGUGGAAACUACCUGUGCCAUGUGUCAAAUGUCCAUGGAGAAAUUUGGAGUGAACCAGCUGAACUUACAAUUGGAGCUUCCCCACAGCCUGCAAUAUGUCCAGGACUAACUCCUAGACAUAGGUACUAUGCAACUGGUAAAGUGGCACUACUGAUCGGGAACAAUGGUUACCUGAAUCACCCCAAUCUGCUUGCCCCUAUGGUGGAUGUGUUCGAGCUGUCUACCCUUCUGAGAAGACUGGGCUUCUGUGUAAUAUCACUUAUAGACCUGACGCGUGAAGAAAUGUUGACAUCUGUCAGUCAGUUUCUGCAGCUUCUGGAUAAAGGUGUUUAUGGUCUGUUCUAUUAUGCUGGCCAUGGAUAUGAACACUUGGGGAGAAACUAUAUGGUACCAAUUGAUGCUCCUCAGCCAUACAAACCUGAAAACUGUAUCAGUGUUCAAAGAAUCUUACAGCAAAUGCAAGAAAGAAAGACAGCCUUAAAUGUGGUUUUGCUUGACACCUGCAGGAAGUGGUAUAACUCGCAUUGCGCGUUAUCCAAAGUGAGCCCUCUCAAGCCACUGGGUAAUACAGUCUAUGGAUAUGCCACAAGUGAGAAUGCAGAAGCAUAUGAAGUUCAGGAUGAGGCAUUUAGCUCUGGAAUCUUUAUGACGUAUCUCAAGAAGCACAUUCUGAGAGAACUGAAAGUUACACACAUGCUCGAUGAGGUCCUUGAAGAUAUUGGCAGUGAUCCUUUGGUAGCUGGAAGACAAGUUAUGGAAAUAAAACACUCUCUGAAAGAGUCUAGAGCUCUGACUGACAAGAUCUACUCCUCAGGAAAUGAACGGCUGAACAGAACUGUGUGGGACCAGCGCACUAAAAUCCCAAAACAAGUGGUAAAGUUCUCAUGUGGAGUUGAAGCAGAAGUAAGAUUCAAAGUCGUCUUCUCAAACCUCAUCCACACUUUUGCAAAACUGACUCGGUCCCCCUCUCAUUUAUCAGAUGUCAGGAUUCUUCUCUACAAAACUACAGAUUCCUUGGGAUUCUCAAACCACAGACUUAACCCAGUUGAUUCCCCUCUGACCAUGCAGGAUGAUGAAGAAGUAGAUUGUAUGCUUAGGCUUUGUAACCUCCAGAAGUACCAGGAUAACAUCAUUAUUAAAAUUGAACUGCACUGUACAAAGAAGGACAAUGGAGCAAGAGUUCAGGAGAAUUUAGAGCAAAUAAUUCCCAUCCCAUGGAUUGCUAAACGGCUGAACAAGACAAACACACCCUGUGGGGAAAGAAAGCCGACUAAUGGAGCUGCGGCCAAAGACAGUAUUCCAAACCUGCAAAAUCAGCUCAAUGCCAUGUCUAUAGACAAAGAAACGCCACUUGCACAACAUUUUGCAAAUGCCCUAGAUAUACCAUGUCAUGGGCACUCAAAAUCGAGCAGCGAACCAGAGGAAAAUGAUGAAGGUGACAUAUUGCCCUUCUUCUGAACCAUGGACUGAAGAAAAUCAUUGUACUUUCUAAUAGGCACAUGGGGAUUCUGGUGAUCAGUGCCAGCAAAAAGCAUUCACAAUGGUGCGCCAACCAUUAGCGUGUUUCCUACAAGACAACUUUGAACUUCAUUCCUUUGGCUCCUUCCAGAAGGAAUAUUAAGAGGUGUGAAAGCAUCACGACUUAUAGUUCUCAUUAUACCUAUCUUUUUUUAUUAACUUAACAUUACUGUGCUGGACUGUACAGAUCUUGCAUCUCUCUUUUUUGAGACAAAAAGUCUUACUGGAAAUCAAGUUGUUCAGACAUAAUAUCCAAACUAAUUGUGUUGUGCAAUUACAAUGGUUCAUGAGCUCUUUAAAGGGGUAUUCCGCCCCUAGACUUCUUAUCCCCUAUCCAAAGCAUAGGGGAUAAGAUGUAUGAUCACAGGGGUCUUGACGCUGGGGACCACCACAAUCUCACUACAGCACCAGCAGCCAAGCCCCCCUCAAUGCAAGUCUAUGGGAGGGGGGGGGGUGAUGGCCAUUAUGCCCCUUCCCAUAGACUUGCAUUGAGGGGGCAUGGCUGUGACAUCACGACCCUCUGCCCUGCAUAGCAAAGUUAGCUCCGUGCACCGGAUGUCUAGGAUGCUGCAGCCGAGAUAGCGGUAGUCCCCAACGGCCUUUGUAUAGGGGGUAAGAUGUCUAGGGGCGGAGUACCCAUUUUGGUGCCCAUAUUCGACCCAACCAUAAAAAGAUGCAGUAUAAAGAUUUUAUCUAGAAUUAUGUUAUAUUCUAGAAGCCAUAUCACUAUUGCAAAGCACAAACUAAAACCAAUGCAUGCAUAUAACUAUUGUCAUAGGACCAAAACAAAUCUGGAGCAAAUUUUGCUCAUUCUUUAAUAUUUCAUUCUGUCAUUCUAUAUUACAUCACAUAUGUAGCAUUACAUGUGUGCCAAACAAAUAAAUAGCCAUCCAUUUAAUGCGUGCAAAAAGCCAGUUCAACCAGAUUGUUAGCCACUCUUACAGAAUGACACGUUUUUCUUCACGAGACAACCCUUUUAAAGUGUCGUCAAAAAAAUGUUUUUAUAUAAUGUAGAUAAUACCAUUAUAUGUAUAUUUUUAAUAUACAUUGGUUAAAAAAUGUGCAUAUUUUUGGGUGAAAAAAUGCUGUCCCUGCAGCUAUUGCCUGUGUGUCUCUAUGAGGAGUCCAAAUACAGGAAGUGAGGGCAGGACAAGUAGGGCUUUGUACAGACUGCUGGCUUGUCAAUCAUUCUGUGAGCAGGUAGCAAGUAACAGAGCCUCACUGCACAGAGCCCUGUUUGUCCACCUGUACUUCCAGUAUUUGGGCACCUUAUAGAGACACACAGGCAAUAGCUGCAGGGACAACAAUAUAUAUAUUUUUUUAACCAAUGUAUAUUACAAAAAUACAUAUAAUGGUAUUAUCUACAUUAUAUAAAAAGUUUUUGGACCAGCGUAUUAACAAAACAUAUGUAAUGUAUUUGUACUUGGAUUGUAUACUGCAUGAAGACAGGUUUCAUAUACUGCACAACUGAGUAUAAGGUUGCUAUACCCAAAGCAAGUAAGUGUGCCCGCUCACCUGGGAGCAAGGUUAACACAUCGUCCCACAGGCUGGGAGUGGGGACACCAGUACGAAAUGUAGAAAGAAAAGUCUUGAGAAGCCCGACAUGCCAGACUUGAAGAUAUAUUGAAGUACAUAAAAACACUUACAGAAGAGUGAGAGAGUGAAGGUUGCUAUAUAUUUAGCAUCUUUUAGACCUGGCAAGUGAACAAUUUAAUAUUAAUCACAUUUGAAUUUGUUUAUGCAGUUCUGUUAGAACAAUAUUUUAGAGGUAAUGGAAAGCGGAACAAAUGAUCUGUGUAUUGCUCUUAUGCAGCCAGAUGAUGGCGACAUUCUACUACUACAAAAAAAAUACAUGUUUUCUAAGGACAUGACUCCAUAAGAGGUUGAGAUGAUGCAGAUUUUUAUUCAGUUAGAGUUACACACUACGAUUUUCUGGGAGUCACUUCUUGUAAAUAGCCAGUAGCCUCGAUAUUCAUUUCAUGAUAUUUGUUAACUUAAUUAUGGAAAUAAAUCUGAUAUUGAAACUAUGUAUUGCCAGAUGAGGUAAACAUUGAUGAAUAACACAAGGCGACCCGUAUUUACUAAGAUUCUCUGACCAUUACUGCCUACACCCACAACAUGUGUGUUUCACUACCACCUGCUCCCACAACAUGUAUGUCCACUCCUGCCCGUUUCCGCAACAUUUGUGUCCUAUCCCAUCUGAUCCUGCAAACAUUCUGUCACAUUCUCAAGUAUUCUAGAGUACAGUAGAUGACUAUAUAUUUGCACAGGGCACUGGUGGGCACCUGAUGUUCCUGAGUUCACUAUUGAUGAAAGUCCUCCUAACUC